GAGCAUCGGGGCUGGUUUCGGUGCAGUUACAGACUGGUACAUUGAUCGGCGAAAGUAUGAUAAAAGUUUAUCAUUCCUGAGGUGCAAGUCAUUUUGACUUGAGUACGCGGGACGAUAGGAAGUUUUCGGCACACCUUGAGGAACGCACCGCCAGCUGGUGGCUGUUAGUUCAAGAUGGCAACGCCGCCAUGGCAGUGGUCCUUCCCGCCACCCGGACAAGCUAACCGACAGCAGCAGUCACGGCUGAAAUCUGAGAUGGAAAGGAUCGCAAAACGUGCUACCACAUAUUUUCAUCAGGAAAAUUUUGCGGAAGCAAGCAAUUUGUACUCAGAGGCCCUGCCGCUGGCGGCUCAACUUGGAGACGAGUCAGACAUCGCUCUAAUUUUGCUGAACCUGUCAAGCUGUUUUCUAAGACUCGGACGCUUUGAUCUGGCAUUUUUUGGUGCACAAGAGGCCAUCAGCGUCCACCCGACAAGACUGAAGGGUUACGACAAAGCUGGCGAGGCCGCACUAGCGCUGCAGUCAUUCAACCAGGCACUUGAGUUCCUUCGCGAUGGAUAUCUCAUGGCGGUCGGAUUAGGCAGACCUCUGGACAAAGAACCGCUGACAUUCUUACUCCGUAUGGCUGAAGUGAUUCCAAAUGUUCCAGUUGGCGAUGUGGAAAUGAUACUGCAUAGCGUGCAACCUGUCCAGAGCCUUCGCAACAUGUUGGUGGAACGACUGGUGGCAGAGCAGAAGUGGGAACUUGUGCACGCUGUGUUCUUUUGUGGUGGUGGCGGAUACAGACCAAACAGUGGGGGGAUCGUAACCGGCUGCGACGCGUCGAUGAUCAACCUGGGGACCUUACUGUAUCUCUACAUGGCCCCGCCACUUCAAUCUAUCUGUGACACUAUCCGUGACACCAUCCGUGUACUUCUACAGCACGGGUCUGGAUUAGGAGGCUUCACCUUAGAGCAGGGAGACACGCCCAUGCAUGCACUACUCAAGGUGGAACUCGGGAAAGGAGAAGAUAGCCUUCCGGUGAUGACGAUAAUCUGCGAGUCUCUCAAGACGCGAUUCAUCAAAGCGCUUCAAGCUACCGACGCGAAAGGCAACACCCUACUGCAUGUAGUUGCCAUGGCCGAUAGAGAGCGUCAGACCAUCCAGAGAUGCGCCUUGCGGGCAAUAAGACUUUUACUUAAUGCUGGGCUGGACGCAGACGUCCGUAACGCCGAUGGGAAAAGGGCAGACCACUACGCUCGCAGGGGAUCGGAAGUCUUUCUCUGCUUGGAACGUGGAAGUGGUGAAGGGUUGAAAUCUGAGAUGGAAAGGAUCGCUGCAUGUGCGACCGCAUAUUUUCGUCAGGAAAACUUUGUGGAAGCAUGCAAUUUGCACACAGAAGCCCUGCAACUGGCUCGUCAACUCGGAGACGGGUCAGACUUUGCUCUAAUUUUGCUGAACCGGUCAAGCUGUUUUCUAAGACUAGGACGCUUUGAUCUGGCGUUGUCUGAUGCACAAGAGGUCAUAGGCACUCGCCCGAUCCGACUGAAGGGUUAUUAUAAAGCUGGCGAUGCCUCACUAGCGCUGCAGUCAUUCAACCAGGCACUUGAGUUCUUUCGUGAUGGCUAUCUCAAAGCGGUCGAAAUAGGCAGACCUCUGGACAACGAACCACUGACCUUCUUACUCCGUAUGGCUGAAGUGAUUCCAAAAGUUCCAGUACUAAGCGAUGUGGAAAUGAUACUGCUACCCGUGCAACCUGUCCAGAGCCUUCGCACCAUGUUGGUGGAACGUCUCGUGGCAGAGCAGAAGUGGGAACUUGUGCACAUUGUGUUCUUUCGUGGUGGUGCCGGGUAUCGGUCAAACAACGGGGGAAUUGCUAGCGGCUGCGACGCGUCGAAAAUCGACCACCUAGCGCCCCUCCUUCUUCUCUACAGCGCCUCUCCACGUCCGCUUGAAUUCAUCGGUGACACCAUACGUGCACUCCUACAGCACGGAUCUGGAUUAGGAAGCUUCAGCUUAGAGCAGGGAGACACGCCCAUGCAUGCACUACUCAAAGUGGAACUUAGGAAAGGAGAUGACAGCCUUCCGGUGAUGACGAUGGUUUGCGAGUCUCUCAAGGCGCGAUUCAUCAAAGCGCUUCAAGCUACCGACGCGAAAGGCAACACCCUACUGCAUGUAGUUGCCAUGGCCGAUAGAGAGCGUCAGACCAGCCAGAGAUGCGCCUUGCGGGCAAUAAGACUUUUACUUAAUGCUGGGCUGGACGCUGACGUUUGUAACGCCGAUGGGAAAAGGGCAGAACAUUGCGCUCGCAGGGGAUCGGAUAUCUUUCUCUGCUUGGAGCGUGGAAGUGGUGAAGUGUUGAAAUCUGAGAUGGAAAGGAUUGCAGCAUGUGCGACUGAACAUUUUCGUCAGGAAAACUUUGCGAAAGCAUGUCAUCUGUACACAGAGGCCCUGCAACUGGCUCGUCAACUUGGACACGGGUCAGACCUCGCUCUAAUUUUGUUGAACCGGUCAAGCUGUUUUCUAAGACUCGGGCGCUUUGAUCUGGCGUUGUCUGAUGCACAAGAGGCCAUACGCACUCGCCCGACUCGACUGAAGGGAUACCACAAAGCUGGCGACGCCGCACUAGAAAUGCAGUUAUUCAACCAGGCACUUAUGUUCAUUCGCGAUGGCUAUCUGAAGGCGGUCGAAUUGGGCAGACCUCUGGACAAAGAACCAUUGGCCUUCUUAGUCCGUAUGGCUGAAGUGAUUCCCAAAGUUUUAGUAGGCGAUGUGGAAAUGAUACUGCUACCCGUGCAACCUGUCCAGAGCCUUCGCACCAUCUUGGUGGAACGACUCGUCACAGAGCAGAAGUGGGAACUUGUGCACGGUGUGUUCUUUCGCGGUGGUGGCGGAUAUAAACCAAACAGUGGGGGAAUCGCAACCGGCUGCGACGCGUCGAUGAUCAACCUAGCGCCCCUCCUACAUCUCUACAAGGGCGCCCCAUCACCUCGAUGUGUCGGUGACACCAUCCAUGACAUCCGUAACACCAUCCAUGCACUCCUAAAGCACGGGUCUGAAUUAGGAAGAUUCAGCUUAGAACAGGGAGACACGCCCAUGCAUGCACUACUCAAAGUGGAACUUGGGAAAGGAGAAGAUAGCCUUCCGGUGAUGACGAUGGUUUGCGAGUCUCUCAGGUCACGAUUCACCAACGCACUUAAAGCUACCGACGCGAAAGGCAACACCCUACUGCAUGUCGUUGUCAUGGCCGAUAGAGAGCGUCAGACCCGUAAAAACUGUGCCUUACGGGCAAUAAGACUUUUACUUGAUGCUGGGCUGGACGCAGACAUUAGUAACGCGGAUGGGAAAAGGGCAGAGCACUACGCUCGCAGGGGAACCGACCUCUUUGUCUGCUUAAAAAGAGGACGCGGUGAAGGUAUGCAUCAUCAUCAUGACUCCGGAUUAAUUGCCCGGUACACUUGA